AUGCAGUCGAGCGGCCAAACCUCUGCGAAAAUGAAGCAGCCAGAAAACCUGGAGAAUUCUAUCUCGCAAUAUCUCAACCAGCAUUCCUUGUCCGUACCAUUCAACGAUCUUCUAUCGCUACUCCCGUCUCUCCUAAAAGAGGCCAGAUACUCUGAAAUUUGGGGCAUUGAUUUGGCCAACGGCAGACGCGAUCAUGUCCACGCAAUUCUUGCAAAGUUCCUCAUCAAGGCCUCCGUGAUGCCCUCGUUGCUUGUCGAAAGGACUCAGUGGGCACUUCUUAAGACAUUGAAAUUGAGAGCCCUGGUGAAGCCUGCAAAGUUCGCUUUUUCCAACGCGCCGCAGUUGGCCGAAUUUGUCUAUAUCACCCGUUAUCAAAACCUCCAUGUGAUGUGGAUUCUCCUGGACGAGAAGAAAUUGAAACGGUAUCGUCAUCUAGUUCCGCGACUGAACUCACAGAAUCAGCUCAUGAACAUAGCCCAGGGAUUUGUCGAGACACUUGUAGAUAUCCUCUUUAAAGCUGCCUCUACUUUUAGCGAACUCCAAGCCGCGGUCGUCAUAGACUGCUAUCCACAUCAAUAUGAAAAAGGCCGCAAGAUCGAGCAUGGCUAUCGCACCGUGCUUAGAAACGGCAUUAACGACCUUAUUCCCCGGCUUGUCUCAGGCUACCCAGAACUUUUGUCCCGGCUUUUUAUUAUCAACCCAUGCCCCAAUGUUUUCUGCACCCUCCCGUUGCCUGACCACGUUCUCCAGUGCACUUGGAUUCUGGGAGAACCCAAAGAAGUCGCACAGCAUCUGGGUGACGAAGUGCCGCCCCGAUAUGGAGGCAGGGGCAAAUCGCUUAGCGAAAACGAUUGCCUCGCGGACGAAAGAUCCAAAGGCAUCAUUGCUCUAGGCAGCAAUGUGUCGCUCCAGGAACCUAUACCCGUUGGACAAGCUAUCGCGCAUUCCUCUGAGCAAUGGAGUUCCGAUUUGGAUACUCCGGAAAAGGAAAUCAAAAUACCUUUCAGCUUCUCUGAACGGAUCGGUUUUCCUACGUUUAUUCUAGACCCAAAGGAUUUAGAGACCUUUCCCGAGCUUUAUCCGGGCAAAGGGGGCGCACGUAUCGUUCCCAUAGCCGAUGGAAUGCUGGUGAAAUAUGGGCCUGGUGUACGGCUGGCUGAAGCUGAAGCGUUGCACCUGGCCUCGACAUCUACCACCAUUGUUACUCCGCAGUUGAUAGCCGCCUAUAUCCUAGAGGACGUAUGCUACAUCAUUAUGUCCUACGAAGAAGGGGCAGUGCUGAGUGACCUUUGGGAACGAACAACUCAGGAACAGCAAGAUAAGAUCGUUUCCCAAUUGCGGGACGCAGUGAACCAGAUGCGUGCUAUUAAAGGAGACUAUAUCGGCGGGAUUGGCCAUGUCGCAUGCCAGGAUCCUAUUUUUGACGCUGGCUGGGCCCCUCAGGGUUGUGUCUACGGCCCAUACGAGUCGGAAGAGGCGUUCAACGAAGGGAUCGUCAAGGCAAUGGAAGAUAGGUUCGCACCAAAACCAGGGGAGCAAGCAUCAACAUCAAGUAUUCCCGUAUCCGAGUACCUAACUCGUCAAACCCUUCGGAGCUUAAAGGGACACGAAAUUGUUUUUGCUCACGGGGACCUCAGCCCGGACAACAUUAUAGUCCGGCCGGAUUACACGAUAGUGAUUGUUGAUUGGGGACUGGCUGGAUUCUGGCCGGAAUACUGGGAGUAUUUUCGAGCAACAGUGACGAUUCCGAUUACAGAAGAUUGGGAUUUGGUGGUGGAGAAAUUCGUCCCGCCGUAUUACAUCGAAAGUACUAUCAUGUCGAAUACUGCAGCAGUCAUAUGGAACUGA